AUGUUGGGGAGAGUGGGGGAUAGGAUAUAAGGGAUAGCAUAAUAUUCGGAUUUGAGUGUUUUUGGACGAUCACAGCCUGUUAUCGAUCGCCUGUUUGCGCCAGCCCACUAAGGGUCUUUCGGUGUUGUUUUACUUACAAAUAGUAGGAUGGCGCAGGUACCGAUGAGAGUAGCACAUCAGGCUGGCAUUGUCCAUCAACAGCGUCCGGCCAUCAUGGUGAGCAUGCAGCAGCCACCGCCAAACACCAUGACAGGUCUGGUGAGCAUGAGCCCCAUGAUGGCGCCCAGCGUGGUGAUGGCGCACGGGCCGCCGCCGCCGCUGGCGCACCAGGAGCUGGAGGCGGCGCACCACCUGGCCGCCCACCCGCAGCCGUUCCACCCGCACGCCCACCUGGCGGCCGUGGCGCCGCAGAUGCAGCCGCACCCGCAGCUCUCUGCGCCGCCGCUGGCCGCCGAGCCGCCGCCGCCCCCGCCGCAGCAGCCGCCUCAGCAGCCGCCUCCGCAGCAGCAGCAGCAGCCGCCGCAGCAGGCGCAGCAGCAGGCGGCCGCUGCGGGGGCGACCGGCGGCACCCCCGUGGUGGGACAGAUCCUCUCGUCGAACGCCGAGGACGGGGCGACUGCCGGGGCGGCCGGGGGGUCGGCGGACGGAAAGGAGAAGACGCCCAUGUGUCUCAUCAACGAACUGGCCAGGUAUAACAAAAUUCAGCACCAGUACCGGCUGACUGACGAGCACGGGCCGGCACACAAGAAGACGUUCACGGUGAUACUGCAGCUGGGCCAGGAGGAGUAUCAGGCCACCGGGCCGAGCAUCAAGAAGGCGCAGCACGCGGCGGCCAGCAACGCCCUGCAGGCCACCAAGUUCAAGCACCCGCCGCCCAAACAGCAGCGCAGCACUCGCACCAGUCUGACACCGACUGUAGAGCUGAACUCGCUGGCCAUGAAGCGCAACGAGACGGCCAUGUACACCUUCAUCGAGAGUCCUUACCUGCCGCACAGUCACAUCAACUACAGGGUCAACUAUCAGCGGUUCGGUCGCGGCGGUCUCAGCUACACGCCUCAGUACCACGUCAGUCUCCGGGUGGGCGAGCGCGAGUUUUUCGGCGUGGGCGCCAACCCGCAGGCGGCGCGGCACGCCUCGGCUGCACAGGCGCUGAAGGUGCUCAGGGACCUCCCGCUGCCCGGACACGUGCAGGGGGCCGCCAGCGCAGGCUCGGACGACCCGAACGCCGACCUCAAGUCUCCCAUCUCGCUGGUGCACGAGAUCGGCCUGAAGCGCAGUCUCAGCGUGGGCUUCACGGUGACGCGCGAGACGGUCCGCCGCACAUGCGCACCUUCCUGACACAGUGUUUUGUGGCGACAUCACCACCGACGGCGAGGGCAGCUCUAAAAAGGUACCGAA